AUGAGUGCUGGCUCGCACCCAAGCGUGGGAACGCGUUUGCAGGAUUGGCUCCUGCAUCUGCCGCUGGCGACCCGCAGCAUCACCGCCUUGUGUUGCGGCAUUUACAUCGUAGGCCUCAUCUUUGGCCAGAAUGACUUCUCCGUUUGCAUCUUCCCGCCGAACGUCAUCGAACAGUUCCAAGUCUACAGGCUGUUGACCGCGGGCUUCUUCCAUGUGGGUUUCCUCCACGUCGUAAUGAACAUGCUUGCCUUCCAGGCCUUGGCGCCAUCGCUCGAGCGGGCGAUGGGCUCGUUCACCUUCAGCUACCUGGUGGUCCUCUUCCAGGUGGUGUCGUCGCUCAUGAACACCUUCCUCUCGCUCGUCCUCUACAAGACCGGCGCCUACCCGGACGCCUGGAACCAGUGCACGAUCGGCCUCUCGUCCGUCCUCUUCUCCUUCCUCGUCCUGCGCUCCCACCUGCACCAGUCGCACAACAUGAGUCUGUUCGGGUUCGUGUCGGUGCCGGCGCAAUGGUACCCCUGGGUGCUGCUGGUGCUCUUCCAGUUCCUCAUGCCCGAGGUGUCCUUCCUGGGCCACCUCACCGGCAUCCUAGUCGCCUACCUCCACGUGUGGGGCAAGCUAGAGCUGUUCAAGCUGCCCUCGGAAACGAUCAACAAGAUCGAAUCUUCGUCCUAUCUCCAGUGGUACACUGAUACGCGACCGGCGCUCGAUCGUCUGCACAUCCAACUGGCGCUGGUGAUGAAGGACGGCUACAUCACCAACACGCAGUUCGGUGUGGGCGGAGGAGAGGAGACGCUGCCCACCCACCAGGCGGCUGCGGCGUCUUCUUCGUCGGGCGUAGGCGCCGGCUUUGCGGGCUUCCUCACGUCGAUGCGCGGCAUGGUGGGCGGCGGCGACUCUGCUUCAUCGUCAUCGUCGGCCACAUCAACACAGACACAGGGCGCGCCGACCACCAACACCAACACCAACACGUCUUCCGCAGGCUUCGUGCCGUUCUCGGGCCAAGGCCACACGCUGCGAGCUGGAUAG